AUGUCAGAAAACCUCGCAAUAGUACGAAAGAGGCUGAAUAGGCCACUCACAUACGGCGAGAAAAUUUUAUACUCGCAUCUGGACGAUCCAGAAGGUCAAGACAUCGAGCGUGGAGCGUCCUACCUCAAAUUACGACCCGAUCGAGUGGCUUGCCAGGAUGCUACAGCUCAGAUGGCCAUCUUGCAGUUCAUGUCCGCUGGUAUGCCUUCUGUUGCGACUCCAACUACCGUCCAUUGUGACCAUUUGAUCGAAGCUCAAAUCGGAGGCGAUAAGGAUUUGGAUCGAGCAAAGAGCAUCAACAAAGAGGUUUACGAUUUCUUGUCAUCUUCAUGCGCCAAGUACAACAUCGGUUUCUGGAAACCAGGUUCUGGCAUCAUCCACCAAAUUGUCCUAGAGAACUACGCCUUCCCAGGUGGUCUUAUGAUUGGUACCGAUUCUCACACGCCCAAUGCUGGUGGUCUUGGUAUGGUCGCUAUUGGAGUCGGUGGUGCUGAUGCUGUCGAUGUCAUGGCCAAUCUUCCGUGGGAACUAAAAGCUCCCAAGUAUAUUGGUGUGAAGCUCACCGGCGAACUAAGUGGCUGGACUGCUCCAAAGGAUAUCAUUCUCAAAGUUGCUGGUAUCCUAACUGUCAAGGGUGGCACAGGCGCUAUCGUUGAGUAUCAUGGUCCCGGUACGAACAGCUUGUCAUGCACGGGUAUGGCCACGAUUUGCAACAUGGGCGCUGAAAUUGGUGCUACAACCUCACUCUUCCCGUUCAACGACCGCAUGUACGACUACCUCAACGCAACCAAGAGACAGCAUAUCGGAGACUUCGCACGAAAGUACGCCAACGAGCUACACGAGGAUGAAGGUUGUGAAUACGACCAGUUGAUCGAAAUCAACCUGUCCGAGCUCGAGCCACACAUCAACGGUCCAUUCACUCCCGAUCUAGCCACUCCUAUCUCCAAGUUCAAGCAGGCUGUCAUUGACAACAAAUGGCCUGACGAGCUCAAGGUUGGUCUAAUCGGAUCCUGCACGAACUCGUCCUACGAGGACAUGUCGCGAGGUGCCUCCAUCGCAGAGGACGCUAUGGCCCAUGGAAUUAAGUCGAAAGCCCUGUUCACUGUCACUCCUGGCUCCGAGCAGAUCCGUGCAACCAUCGAACGAGACGGACAACUGAAGACCUUCGAGGACUUUGGUGGUAUCGUUCUUGCCAAUGCUUGUGGCCCAUGUAUCGGUCAAUGGGAUCGAAAGGAUGUCAAGAAGGGAGAGCCAAAUUCUAUCCUAUCCUCUUACAACAGAAACUUCACCGGACGUAACGACGCCAACCCUGCCACUCACUCGUUCGUCACAUCACCAGACCUUGUCGUCGCCAUGUCGAUUGCAGGAAGCCUCAGUUUCAACCCAUUGACAGACACUCUGAAGGACAAGGAUGGCAACGACUUCAAGCUCAAAGCUCCUACUGGUGAUGGUCUUCCGAAGAAUGGUUAUGAUCCUGGUCAGGACACAUAUCAACAUCCGCCCGAAUCUCGAGACUCCGUUGAGGUCCAGGUAUCACCUUCUUCUGACCGUCUACAAAUCCUCCAGCCAUUCGAUGCCUGGGAUGGAAAGGAUGCCACUGAUUUGCCAAUUUUGAUCAAGGCCCAGGGCAAGACUACAACCGAUCAUAUCUCUAUGGCUGGUCCUUGGCUCAAGUAUCGAGGUCAUCUGGACAACAUUUCGAACAACAUGCUGAUUGGCGCUAUCAAUGCUGCUAACGGUGAAGCCAACAAAGUUCAAAACUUCAAGUCUGGUGACUGGGACGCUGUCCCAGCCACUGCUAGACAGUACAAGAAGGACGGUAUCAAGUGGGUCGUCAUCGGCGACUGGAACUACGGCGAGGGUUCGUCACGAGAGCACGCCGCUCUUGAGCCAAGACACUUGGGUGGUUUGGCUAUCAUUACACGAUCGUUCGCUCGUAUCCACGAGACCAACUUGAAGAAGCAGGGUAUGCUUCCUCUUACUUUCGCCAACCCAGAAGACUAUGACAAGAUCAACCCAGAUGAUAAGGUCGACAUUAUGUGCACUGAACUUGCAGUCGGUAAGCCGAUCACGAUGAAGGUUCAUCCUAAGGACGGUCAGUCUUGGGAUUGUCAACUAAACCAGACCUUCAACGAGGGUCAGAUUGAAUGGUUCAAGAAUGGUUCUGCGCUGAACACUAUGGCUAAGAAGCACAACUCAUGA